AUGCAGAUUCCUUUCCGCUUGGGAUGCUCGCUCCUUGACAUCAACAGCAGCAGCUUUCGAUUCGACUCGGUUUACAACGAGGUGCUGAUGACCUACGACCGGCCACUUGUGGCCGGUCGCUGGGACAAGGAAGCGGAAGUCGUGCGCUGUGCAGCUGGUCUCAGCAGCAUGGAGGAGCUUACCUUCAAUGAUUCUUUGGUGAUCGCCGAGCGUCGCUUCGAGUAUCGGCGGCCAGGGGGUGACUUCCCAGCCCCAGCAAAUGCAGAGUCUGCUGCUGGUACUGUGGAGUUUCUCCUGCAUCAUGCACGCGGAAUGAGUGAAGGAUUGGAGGGGCCUGGCAUUUUAUUGGUGGAGCUGCAGUGUGGAUGGGGGUACCGUACAGCUGCCCUUGGCCAUCUCCUGCAGUCCCACCUCACACUGGUCGCAAUGGAGGAGAAUGACAAGCUGGUAGAAGCCACCCGAGAGAACUGUUCUCGCAAUUCGGCACCUGUGUCUGUGCACAAGGGUGGGAUCCAUGAUCUUCAGCAUCUUAUAGAGCACGGCAGUGUGCCCCAUGCUCUCAUAACGUCGUCUUCACGGUCUGCCGGUUUGGGGGAGGAUUUCUACACCUACAUCUCACAUAUUCAGGUUCGAGAAGUACUGUACAUCUCAGCUGGACGCCUGUCAUCUCAACAGGACUUGCCCAAGCUGCAGAAGUUGGGAUUUGACGUCCGAUCUUUAGAAGUUGUGGACCCCAUGCCGGGUACAGAUCAUGUAGAAAUUCGAGCGCAUUUGACACGUGACGGCACCGCAGACUUCGUGGGCCCAGCAGUCCUGACGCAGGGUCUUGCAAGUGCUUGCUGGCCGAAGUGCGAGUGGCUGUGCGGCAGUUGUGAAAAUCUGGUAUUCCGAAGGCACAUUCGGCAGUGCCCCCGAUGUGGUGGCUUCCGCGACCUUGAAGCUGCCGCCCGCCUGCAGCGGAAGGCGGAGUUAUCCACCAUCAUCAAGGCCAUACAGAAGGAUCCGGAUCUGAGAGAGAAGUGGCUGGAGCACUGCAAGGCAGCCGAAAUUUCCAAAAACCCAAUGCUGAACAGACACAGCUCCAACCACGCCUUCUUGAUAGAGAAUGUGGAUUCUCCGAGCUUGGCACCCUACCAGGGUGUGUUGCACAAGCAUGGGAUUGUUCUGAGCUCUCAAGUGGUGGUUGAAAGUGACAAGCUGCCCUCCGCUAGCACAAGCAGAUCUUCCCCUCGCAAGCUCCUCAUUGUGUCUGCAAAGAGAGGAGAAUGGGCCCUGCAAGUCGCGGCAGAGGCGUCGCAGAGUCUGCGAACAAAGAGCAGCAAUAGCAGUAGCAUGUUCCCGCAAAGUGCAUCUCCUUCGCGGUGGAUUUGGGCAAGCUUUGAUAAGAAAUCUCAAGGGCCACCAAAGAUGAACCAAGAUGCACCGCAGUGGCACUGGGUAGACAUCAAAAAUACCGACAAUAUCUUGGGCACCCAGUGCGAGGUGUGUGUGCUGGUGUGCAUUCCCCACCUUCAAGCCGACGCUCUUGGGGCUUUAUCAGGCUUGGUUGUUGGAGGUGGUUUGCUUGUUUUGGUGAUGACGGAAAACGCCGAAGUUCAUCAUGGGCCACGCAGAACCGUGCCAAAGAUAGUCGGUGAGCAUUGCCCCAGCAGGAAGCUUUUCUGGAGAACGCCCUUCGACAUCCGGUUUGGUAAGAUGCUUCAGGAUUGUCCACACACUCACUUGGACCACGUGAGCGGCACACACAAACACGUGCCGCGUGCUCCUGACUCUGUGGACGACUGCGGCAGCCGCAAGUAUCAGCCUGACCAAGGCCUCGAUGCAAGUGAUGCUACCUCAUCGCCUGUCGAAGCAGCCGGUCCCCUCUCCAGCGUUCUCAGUCUCUGCAAGACUGCGGAGCAAGCUGCUGCUGUCGAGGCCAUCGCUGCAGCUUCGACGCAAGGCUCGCUGCUGGCCCUGCUAGCACCGCGAGGCAGGGGGAAGAGCAGCGCACUGGGUAUUGCAGCAGCCGCUCUUCUGGCGCAGAUGCACGCGAUCGUUGUGGUAGCCAAAACAGAAAGGUCUGUCGCCGAGGUGUUCUUUUGGGCUCGCGAAGGCCUGACACUACUGAAAUGGACAGUCUUGCCCGACAAGGAAGUAUCAGAAGACUCCCAUGACCCGAGCUGCACACUUCAAGCAAUACCUCCCGCCGCAGAAUCAACUGAUCUUCGGACAAUCCGUUUGGAGACAAGUUUGGAUCUGAGCCUGGGAGGGAUUGACCUGGUGAUGGUCGAUGAGGCUGCUGCACAGCCAACUUCAUCACUCGAAUGCUUCUUCGAGGCUGUGCAAGCUAUGCACAACUUGGGCGUCGUCGUAGCUGGGACGGUACAUGGAUACGAAGGCACGGGCCAUGGACUGCUGCGUGCUUUAGAGCGGGCAGAAUUGAAGGGAAUGCCUUUGGCGUGCUUGAAGAUGGAGACUCCAAUCCGAUGGCCUUCGGGCGACCCCGUUGAGAAGCUGGUGGCGGAUGCGCUUCUGCUUGAUCCCGAGCCCUUGCCUUUGCCCACUGUUGACGCGGAAGCAGAUGUUGAAAUUGAACGGAUCCGCCGUCCAAGCCUGAUAAGCAGCGAAGAGAUUAUCCGAGAAGUGUAUGGGUUGCUUGCAGUUGCCCAUUACCGGACUCGUCCGGCAGAUUUGAGACUGCUUCUGGACGAAACUCGGAUGGAGCUUUUUGCGAUUUGGACACCGUGCGGCGGUCAACGCAGACUGCUGGCAUGUGCGCUUCUACUGCACGAACAGAGGGGCGGGCUUCGAAGGCACGAUUUGCUGGCAGAAGCUCUCCUUCCAGCUCGGCAAAUGCAUGAACAAGAAACGUGCAUCAGCCCAACAUUCUUGCGUGUAGCGCGCUUGGCGGUGCAUCCUGAGGUGCAGGGCAAGGGUCUUGGUCACAAGCUGUUGGGUGGAAUCAUCAGAGACCUGUCGGCUCGUGGCGAUGGCCGAGCUGAUGUGCUGGGUGCCAUCUUCAACAGCAACCCGCGGCUGUUGAACUUCUGGAGUUCAGCCGGGUUUGCACGAGUUCCAGACACAGAACGGGAGAAUGCAGAGCAGCUGAAGGAAUACGAGGCUCAGAAAUUCAUUUUUACCCGGGCCUCCUCGUUGACGAUGUUCCCAACCAAGAAGGGUGUGAACAUUUCGUCGGAGAACUCACCCUUCGCAAAGGUGAGAACGAAGAUGGUGCCCGUGCAGCCGCAUAACACCUUUGCGACCGCGGUUGACGUUGAGAUCGCCACACCAGAAAUCAUCGUCUCAGUUUAUCUUUUAUUGUACGUUCCUCUGGCCAUGGCUUGGGCAUACUUUGCGCACUAUGGAUACCAAGAGAAACACUACUUGAUCCUUGUGCCCUUCACGCUCUGUGCGUUCACUGUCGGCUCGGACCUGGUGAACCAGUCCCUGUCGACUCUGACAGCCGCACCCAUGGCUUUGACAACGAUACAAGCAGGAUUCUGUUUUGUCAUUACUGCUCUCUGGACGCUAGGAUGUCAGGUUUAUGCCAGCUUCGCUGGGCGAGUCAGCCAAGCGCAGGCUGAUCAAAGCUCGAAAGUACCUUCUGAGCUUUCAUUGUACCCACUGUCUUGUGGCUCAUUGUCCUACCCGCUCCUUAGAUGGACGCCAGCAGCCUUGUGGUUCGUGGCAUACCAGCUCAUCAACCAUGAGGUGUCGUUGUAUUGCUCCUUGUCCGAGCGGACGAUCUUUCUCAAUCUGUGCCCGCUCUUCGCUUUGUUCAUCGAGCCCCUCGUGCUCCCGUCGAACAUCUCCAGAGGCUUCAACGUGACGUUUUCAUCCAAGAUGGCACUGAUCACCAUGGCCUUUGGUGCGCUCCUGUUUAGUUUGCAAUAUCCGGAAUUCUCUGCAAAUGGGGCGCGAGCAGCUGGACUUCUCGUGGCUGUUGUUCUGCCAUAUAGGCUCCUCCAGCGGAUGCUCCUGGCCGAAUGCAAAGAGGCGCCCGCGACCCUGCUGUGCGCAUUCGAUGGUUUGCUGCUCACUCUGCCGGCCGGAGUCCUCACCACCGUCAACGAGCGAUUUUUUCUGGAAGCCUGGAAUGUCUGGCUUCACAAUCCGUCAAUCAUGCUGAUGCUGGCCUUGUCCGUGUUCGCCUUCGUGGGCAAUCACUUGGCGGUGCUCUAUCUGCUGAAGGCUACGUCGGCCACGUCCACCCUCGUUUUUAGCAAUCUUUCGAACUUCAUCGUGGUGUUCGAGGGCAUCGUAUUCUUUUCAGAUCCGGUCCUACAGGGCCCGGCUGCUGACACGGGCAAGCUGCAGUGGGGAUGGAUUCUUGGAAGGUCAGGUGUGCCAGCUUAUGGCUGCCCGACGGAUACCAAGGAAGAGCUACCUUUACAUGGAUGGCAGCCGUUCGAGGGCGAUGCCCCUGCACCGAACUUGCGAUGGCUAACAAGCGCCGAUGCCACAGCGGAAGGCUAUGCCCAGGAAGCUCGUCGACGAGCAGCUUCCGGGACUAUCGAAAAUCAGAGACUAGCAGUCAAGGCCUUUCGCCAGUCUUUGCAGACUGUGAAGAAGCAGCGAGCAGACAGGACACAGCGAGCCAUGCUUCACACCGAGCUGGCUGCAUUGCUUCGUACCUUGAGCCGCGAAGACCAAGCUUUAACAGAGGUAGAGGCAGCGCUGCAACUGCGACACAGCCUGCCAGAAGCCUUGCUCCUCAAGGCCCACUUGCUCAAUGCUGCGAGCAAUGAGGGUGCAGCAGCCUUGGCUGUGAAGCAGUGCUGGAUACAGAUCGAAAGCGCGAACGGGAAGGCCGAUAGCAACACACGGAGGCUACAGCGAGAGUGCAAGGAACUGCUGCAAGAGCUCGGAGAACCAUGCGAUGGGUUGCUGCCGAAAGCCUGGCCGGUCAGUGUCUGCGUAGUUGAAGCGCCGAAGAUGCUGCACGAGGGCGUGAUGGAUUUUUGCAUUGAGGCUGUAGAGUUGCAAGGCUCCAGCAUGGCAGAAAGUGAUGGUGUCUACGAGCCUUCGAGGAAAGCGGCCAAUGGAUUUCCCGUCUUCGAGAACCGAUUCGGUUUUCAGCUAUCCAUGGAAGUGCAAGCAACCAAAGCAGGCGAUGUGAGUGCGGGUUGGAUCGUCGGCAGGAAGAACGUGGGCUUUUUUGGGACCAGGCAACUGGAGGCAAACCAGUUGCCAUCGCACGACUGGCACUGCUUCCCAGCAGCCGGCAAGGAAUCGGCUCCAACUGGGUGCAUCAUCAAGACAACCCAGCUGGAAGAGGACCUUGGGUGGGGUCAUUGGGCCCGUCUUGGAAACUACGGUGGUCCGGCCGAAGCUGCAAGAAUCCUGCCCGCAUGUGUCAAUCGACUGGGAAGAGGUGGAGACCUUCGGAGAGCCGCCUGGGCAUUGACUGAAAUGGCUGGAGCUCAUCGGCAGCUUGGGGAGCUUGCUGAUGCCUCUGUGACGGCUAGGCAGGCCCUGGCCACUUGCCCAAGCUUGCCACAGGCCUAUUUGGAGUUGGCGUGCUGCCUCCAUCACUUGGGCCAGAAAGACGAGGCCGCGGACAUUCUGCAGGCGCUACUGGCGCAGCAGCCCAACGACGGACGAGCUAAGGAGGCAUUGCUAUUGUUAGGGUCUGAUAUUUCCUGUCCAAGAGACAUCCCCUGCGAAGUGCCGACGGACGAAAGCACCCAACGGGCAAAAGCUUCCAAAAAUCCGGCUGUCUUGGACUUCACUCUUGAAGAUCAAAAAACUGAAGUCCACGCGCAUUGGGUUCUCGGGCCUCUCCGGAAGGCAAAGGACAUCCUGGUUCGAUUCCAGGAGCAGAGGCUUCUUGUGGCUGUCGGGGAAGACACGCUCUUCGACGAUGAGCUGGCACACCGGAUAAGACCGUCUGACUCAAGCUGGACUUUCGCAACUCCCGACCUUACUGUCACGCUUUGUAAAUGGUCUGAAGAAGGGAGGUGGCCAAGAUGGGAAGUGUUGCACAAGGAGGAUCCGGAGGAGCGGUUGCAGCGGCUUGGUGGGUUGCCCUUCGAUGCCAAAGCCAUCCAUUGGAUAUAG